AUGUAUUUCGUUAUUGCAAAUAGGUUGCUUAAAAAAUUCGAAUACAUAGAUAUAAAACAUGUCCCUAGAAUAAAAAAUCAAGAAGCUAAUGAUCUAGCACAAAUAGCUUCAGGAUAUAAGAUCUCAAAGGAGAAGCUAGAGGAAUUGGUUGAAAUAAAAGGGAAAGCAAUGGCAACCAAGCUAUCUCCAAGUGACUUGGAGAGAAAUCGAUUGGGUUAUGCUAAUGAAGAAGAAUUCGAGGUAUUGGCCAUUGAUGCUCUAACAAAUACAGAUUGGAGAAUUCCAAUUAUAGAAUAUCUUAAAGAUCCUUCAUUGAACACGGAUAGGAAAACCAAGUAUAGAGCUUUGUCAUACGUUUUGAUGGGAAAUAAGCUAUUCAAGAAAAUGCCUGAAGGCAUUUUAUUAAAAUGUUUAGGUGAGAACGAAGCGUACAUGGCAUUAUCUAAUGUUCAUAGUGGAACAUGUGGGGCACAUCAAGCAGGCCAUAAAAUGAAAUGGUUGCUUUUCAGAUAUGGAAUGUAUUGGCCCACCAUGCUGAAGGAUUGUAUAGAAUUUGCUAAAGGUUGUCAAGAAUGUCAAAUACAUGCAGGAAUCCAACAUGCUCCUGCAAGCGAACUCCAUGCAAUUAUCAAGCCAUGGCCAUUUAGAGGUUGGGCUCUAGAUUUAAUUGGCGACGUUCGACCUGCUUUAGCUAAAGGACAGUAG